AUGCAACAGCAACAACCUCAUCCAAACCACACGCCAACAGUAUUCCGACCUAUAGUCCCAGCACCACCUCCAAUGCUGAUGAUAUCACCUUCCCAAUCUCCCCUCACGAAAGCAACACCACAGCAACAAGCACAUUUCCCUCCGUUCGAAACUCCGCCAGUAUCUCCGUUCUCAAAUCCACGACAUUCAGAACAGAACUCACAACCCUUCAAACUUCCUCCACCACUACAGACUCUUCCAUCCAUAUCAAUACAGCAGCCAUAUCAACCGCACCCACAAUUACAACAAUCAUCUUCAACGCGCUAUGAACCAAUACUACCUAAACAAGGUCCAAGCACAUCAGUGUUCUCAAUCCCGCUAGCACCGCAAACAACUGGUCUAAACACAUCACCAAACAGUCGUCCUGUCAUGUCUCACCACACCUCGGUAAUUCAUCCCCUAGUCCCUCAUAAUCAUAGAUAUUCGAAUGCAACAGAUAAGUCUUUAACCACUGCUGAUCAGCGCGAAUUACAGAGGAAGGUAUCUCACUCUGCCAUAGAACGGAGGCGACGAGAGAGGAUUAAUGACAAGAUAAUGCAAUUGAAAGAUUUGAUUCCUUGUUGUGCAGAUCAAGACCAUUUACACAAGUUGAACAUAUUACAGAAUGCUAUAGAUUAUAUUCAAUAUCUACAGGAGCUUGUCGCUGAUUAUAAAGACAAAGAAAAGAAAGUAAGAGGGAGGGGGGUUGAGCACGACGAGGACGACGAUAUGGCUUCUUCCCCCGCUAGCGUUACUAGCGCAAGUUCCUCGUCUUCAGUCACAGCAUCACAGUCAAACCCGGCAUCCGACUCCACUCCCACCGUAUCUACUCACGAGGCUGUAUCUACCUCCUUCACACACUCAUGUAAUAUACUCGAUCACGGUGGUCGUAUCUCUCAUCCGCCACCAUUUAGCCUAGAUGGACCGUUACACAACAGUGUACCGACUGAGGGAUGUAGGAAUAUGUCGCGGGAAUGCGAGUGUAUAAAUCAUGAGGAGGCUCAUGUAUUGUUAUCGUUAAGUAGUUCAAAGAAGUCUGAGGCUGAUAAAAAUAAAAAAAGGGUCUUAAUGGACAUCGAUGAGAGGGAGUCAAGUAGUAGUGGAGAUAACACAUCCAACAACAACUCGCCAAAUACAUAUCUCUGCGUCGCUUUGACUCCUGCUGAUGUCGAUAGCAACUUGCAUCUAGGGGAACAAAAAGAUAUACAUGACACGUCUUUGAUAAAAUCCAUCAUCGUCUUUGCCAAAUCAUGUAAAAUAGGACCUGAAAAGGAAAAUUUAUGUUAUAUUGCAAAAGAAUUUGCAAUGCAGAAUAAUAUCCGUAAGGGCAUGUCAGUUGAGAUAGAAGUAACGCGUCCUAUUGCGUUAGAAGAAGUAAUUUUAGGUGCCUCGACAUCUGAAGCAUAUGAAUUAGCCAUAAAAAGCCCUCACAUUCUCACAACCUCAUUCCAAACAACGCCUCCAAUUCUCCUUCGUCAUACCCAAACAUUCAGCGUUUACACAAAUCUAUCUUCUCCGUCUUAUCGCGUCCUAAUGUCAAAUCCAGUUCUCCAGGGCGUU